AUGGGUCAAAUGCAUGAUGCGGAAUACUCAAAUUUUGAUUCAGGCUCUCGCGCGGAAGUAUUACAGAUGGUCAAUGAUUCGUAUUCUGCGUUAGCAGACCAUCAGGAUAAUUGGGUUGCAAAUCUUGCAAAUUGCAGUUCAUUAUUAUGGCACGCAUACAAUGAGGGAUUGAAAGUGCCAGCAAAUUGGUGUGGGUUCUAUGUUGUGGAUCCAAAAAACGACAAGCAACUAAUUCUUGGACCAUUUAUGGGAAAAGUCGCCUGCCAAACAAUUAAAAUCGGCAAUGGUGUCUGUGGAACAGCUGCUAGUACUAAGAUGAUUCAAAGAGUUCCUGAUGUUACAAAGUUUCCGGGCCAUAUAGCGUGUGAUGGAGAUACAAAAAGCGAGAUUGUGGUACCUAUUAUUCAAGAUAAUGUACUAAAGGGGGUACUUGAUAUGGAUUGCCUUGAAAAUAAUGGCUUUCAUCAAGAGGAUAUUCGCUAUUUAGAAAACCUCAGUGAUAUCAUUGCGCGUUCUUGCAAAUUCUGA